AACGUUGUAAGUUUAAUAGCUUAAAACGCAAGUUUAUUGACAGUCGAAAUAAAACUUUGUGUUCGAUAAACUGCCGUUUGUAACACAAUCUAUAGAACAGUUUCAUUUUUGGUAAUUCGGACAGUUGAGAAAGGGGACAAUCCUACACAAAACGACAUCGAAAAGUCACAUUGGGUACAGCAAUGUCGAACCCGAAGAUAAGUUUUGCCUUUUCAUUGAUUGCUACUUUUUUCGGUUCCAUUGCCCUGUUUAGCAAUUACUGGUUUCAAGGGCCUUAUUGGAAUGCUGGUUUUAUCGAAGGGUGUGCUUUAGAUGUAUGUGUUUCUACUCAAAGUAUAUUCUCAUGGAACGGUGACAAGGUUGGCAGUGUGCUGAAAAAAUACUAUGUACUAGGUAUUAUAGGCCUAAUAUUUUUACCACUGGUGAUGAUAGCUAUUGCAGCUGCACUGAAAGGAGUCAGUUUGUAUUGUCCAUCUGAAAGUCGUGGUGUAUCUGCAACAGUCUGUGCUUGGAUUGCAGCUUAUCAUGGAAUUGGACUGGUUAUAUUUUUCAUCGCAUUAGCUGGUUUGAGGUUCGACCUCAAGAACAUCGAGGGCCAGUCAGACUCUAACGACGGAUAUGAACUUAACAGGUCUAGUUACAUGAAUGGUAUGGCUUCCGACAUGAGGUAUGGCUGGUCGGCGUAUGUAGGACUGUUUGCUACCAUUUUUGGACUCGCAUCGACCGUAACAAGCUGUCAAGUUUGUAGCAAGGACGAAAAGGCAAAACAGACGCACGAGGAAAAUGACGUCAACGAAUAUUUACAUUAGGAUACCGCGGCGCUAACAUCACAUGUAGUUUAAAGGUCCAUUACUAAGGGAAAGUGAGUUGGCAAUUUUUUUCAUAGCCAGUGCAUAGACUUCUGCAAGACACUAAAUAAUGAAGAUUGGCAGGUCAAAAUUUACAGAAGGUCUUUGGAACUCAAAGAAAUGUAUGUGUAUUAUGUUGAAAUAUCAAUGAAUCGACAGAAUGACCCCCCAGGUCUUUUUAACUUUCUUCAUACUUCAUAGAAAAAUAAUUGUACAUAUACUGCGAUUUAUUUCGAAUUUCUAUAUACCAACUUUCAUUUUCCAAUAAAAUGAAAUAGUUUCUGUGCUUUUUAAAAGAAAUUAAAAUGUUCACUUUCCUUAGUAUUGGACCUUUAAAUUGGUAUCGAAAGACAAAGAAACGGGAACAUAAGGGCUCUAUGUAGAAAUAUUAUGAUUGGUAUAUACAAAACAAUGUAUGGAUUUGCACUUGCAUUUUUAUAUGUACGAAAAAAUCAAAUUCAAAAUAGAGGUUUUGUCCCGGUGGAAGGCUGGACUUUGUCAUACUUUCGUUAAUGACAUACAUUUCACACCAAAUAACUUCUUUAAAAAAUUAUAUUUACAUUCGCCCUAUUCUUUUCCACGUUCGUUUCGUACGAACAGCAAAAGGAAAGGCGCGAAAGUUACGUCAUCGCUGCUUAGUGAUAACGGGUCGCUGUUUUUACGACGUCCGCGUAUAGUCAGGGAGAACGUACAUUAGAUGACGUCACAGUUCUUCCGUCUGGGUGAACAGAAUUGCCGGGAAGUUUAUUCUAAGAAAUGAUUUUUUUUUCGAAGUUCAUGCGAAAUGAACGACAGAAUAGGAUCGGCAAAUUAAAUAUGAAUGGAUUUGCCGAUCCUAUUUUGUCGUUCAUUUCACAUGAACACCAAAAAGAAAUAUAUCAUUUCUUAAAUAAACCGACCAUAUUUAAAAACUUUAAAUCUGAAACUUAUUCGCCUGAGUUUUCUUACAUAGAAAGAUAUCUCUUGCUUUUAUGUUUAUAAUGUCAUGUUUAAACAUAGGAAAUUUGUUUGAUGCAAUGAAAACAUGUUAUAACAAGUUUUUAUAUGAUUUAGCAACCUUUUUACUUAUUUUCAAAACAUUUUCUACAACUUUGAGCAUAACAGAUUAAAAAUUCUUCUCAAAUUGGACAUUCAUUAAAUGUUCAGUAUUUUCAUCAGUAAAUUAUAAAUUUCAAUAUUUUACACCCUAAAAAGUUGAAACCUGCCUGCAGUAUGAGGGUCAUUAAAAAAAAUCAAAGUACAUGUAAGUUUACUUUGUCCUUAUUUCUGAGACUUUAUAUCCUCACAUAUUAAGAGUUUUGAGUGAUGUGUUCAUUUCUUAGUAAUUUUACAUUGUUUGUAUUUUAAUUUUAUAAAACGUUUACAAUCUUUUCAAUCUGUGUCCUAGUUCAAAUGUGUUUGCUACUGUUUGAAUAACCCUCAAUGUCAAAACUUUACUAACUUGCAUGGAAAUCUCAUGGAAAGCAUGGAUCUUAGGCCAUACUAAAUUAAUGUAUGUUUAAUGUAAUUGAUAAAGUACAUUUUCUUGAUUUUCUGUUGCAUCCCAAAAAUAUAGAGCCAGUUUAGAUGAGGAUUUCUACAUUUGAACAUGCAAGUGUCAUAAAACAUAAUGUAAUAUACCCAAAAUCAGCUAUGUUUGGGUUCACUUUCCGUUCAUAGGACUGGGUGAGUUUUACGAUAAACUUAUUUUUGGACUUGCAUAGCCCCUUGUUACUGAAUUUAUUUGCAACAAAAUAUUGAAAUUUAUAAUUUACUGAUGAAAUUCCAGAGCAAAUAGCAUAAAACUCAGUGGAUAAGUUCUUUUGUUCAUAGGUGGAGCACCUGAAGGACAUAUUCAAAGAUAUGAGGAUAUAAAUUAUUUUCAGUUUGGAUACAUAACUUUUCCGCAAAAUGCGCACAAAAAUUGACUAGUUUUCAUGGUGAGUUUCAGAACAUUUGUUUUAUAAUUUUAUAAAUUAAAUGCAUUUUUACAAUUGUUUAUGUGUGUAUUACUGAUUAAAAUGCAUCUUUAGACCUCUGUAGCAGCAUAUUGUCUAUUCGAGUAAAUAAUGUGACCAACCCUAAUUUCGUGACGCCAUCUUGUUUGUUCAUGUCAAGUUACCUUAAACAACGUAAUUCUAGUAAAAAUACUUUAAUCAUUUAACUCCUUAUUUCCCCACGUGUAAUUCCGUUAUGAACAAAACGGUUAUCCCGUUACGAAUAAAUGGUCAAGCAAGCACAUGUGCCUACCAUCAAUUACACUUUAUCGACACGCUUUUCUGAAUGACAUAAUCUGACCUAUUUUUAACCUGUAACCCGUCUUAAUUUGCUAUAAAUAGAACUU